AUGGAGAGAAGAGACCAAGCUGGAAGAAGCAGGAAUGAAAAAGUUUUGAACUGCUUAUAUCAAAAGCCUGAUGCGGUAUUUAAGCUGAUUUGCUUUCCUUGGGCAGGAAGUGGUUCCAUGUAUUUGGCUAAAUGGGGUCAAAAUAUCUCUGAUUCACUGGAAGUGUACUCCAUAAGGCUUGCUGGAAGAGAAAGCCGAGCUGAAGAACCUUUUGCAAAUGACAUCUACCAGGUAGCUGAUGAAAUUGUUUGUGCUAUGAUGCCAGUCAUCCAGGAUAAACCAUUUGCAUUUUUUGGCCACAGUAUGGGAUCCUAUAUUGCUUUCAUGACUGCGCUACAUCUAAAACAGAAACAUAAGCUAGAACCAGUGCAUUUAUUUAUGUCGAGUACAACUCCUCCUUAUUCAAAGGAACGGCUUUACAUUCCCAAUGUUAAUGAUUUGACAGAAGAACAAAUCUGCCAUUAUCUUCUGGAUUUUGGAGGCACCCCCAAGCAUCUUGUUGACAACAAGGAACUUUUUCAACAAUAUACUCCUGUACUGAAGGCAGAUGUAGAAUUGGUUAGCAAUUACACCUUUGAUGCACCACGUGAGGCUCUUCUUUCCUGUGACAUUACAUGCUUUGUUGGAUCUGAAGAUGUAGCAAAGGAUAUAAAAGACUGGAAAGUCGUAACCAGUGGAAAUUUUAACAUACACGUGCUUCCAGGAGAUCACUUUUAUCUCAUGGAACCAGACAAUGAGAACUUCAUCAAGAACUACAUAGUCAAGUGUCUAGAAAUAUCAUCGCUUGCCGACUUUUAG